AUGGACCUCUGCGUUCAACCAGGGUUUCUGGUUCGGGUAGCACUUCACAGUCCUGGUGGUGGUGACAUCUUCAUCACACUUACUAAUGUAUCCGAGGACAGCAGAUGUGUAUUCCUCCAGAUCCAGUUCUCCCUCAUUUACAGCAACCUCCCUGAAGAUCUGCCAUGGGGGAAGGUAGACAGGGGCCAGAAAGAUGGAGAUGUGGUCAGAGAGGCCAUGCUAGAAGAAGGUGGUCGAGCCUCUGAGGCCGGAGUCCAGGAGGGGGACGAGCUCGUGUCUAUCAACGGGGAGCCGUGUGCUGAUCUUACCCUCUUACGAGCGUUCGCUCUCAUCGAAACGUCAACCGACACGCUGCAGUUACUCGUCAAAAGAUACCAUUUCAUCCCGUCUGAAGACUGUGAGUCUGAAGGGACAUGCCGUGGUGAGAGGAUCUCCUCAGGCGAGGCUUUAGAAAGCACCACCCUCCACAUCUUCUCCUCAAAGCACAGGUCCAAUGUCUCAGGGGAGCUCUACACAUCUGAGACUCAAAGAGAGGCCUGCUGGGGGGAGUUGGACACCGACACAGAAGUCCCACAGAGAACAGAUCUCCAUUUAUCUGACACGUUGGGAGGCCAUGAGCUGGUUUUUAACAAAUAUAACGAAGAAGUGCGGCGGUGCUUCUCCCCUGGAGAACUGGUGGAGCUCCAGGUGUCCCUGUCUGAGAAAACCUUUGACGACGAAGGCUGCUGUUCCUCCCUUGGGAGUGCUCGUGGGAUAGAGGGGGAGCUUUCCAACAGAGAGGUGGUAGAAACCAAUCACACCACCUCCAUAACAUCACACUACCUGCCAUGCCCCGUCAAGGAGCCGCUCAGGCAGCUUGGAGUGGUGGUCCGCUCCCCGUCAACGCCGGACCAACCGGAGGUCACCCUGCAGCAGCCAUCAGAAGCAUCAGGAGAAGGGAGGGGCAUCCUGCGCGUGGGUGGCCCCGAGGUCAGUGAUAGUGACGGAGAGCAGUGCGAGGGUGCUCCUGGAUCCUUCACCAUCUCCUUUGAAAUCCCAUCAGAGGAGGCAGUGCGGGGAGGACAGCAGGACUCGGAUUCUGACGGGGAUCAAGAAAAACCCAACAAGCACCGGGCAAAGCACGCUAGGCUGAGGCGAAACGAGAGUCUGUCCGAGAAACAAGUGAAGGAAGCCAAGUCUAAAUGUAAACGUAUUGCUCUUCUUCUUUCGGCUGCACCACCAAACCCCAACAACAAAGGGGUGUUGAUGUUCAAGAAACAUCGUCAAAGGGCCAAAAAAUUUACGCUUGUGAGCUACGGUACAGGAGAGGACGAACCAGAGUACAGUGACGAAGAGGAGGAGAUUUGCAGUGACAACAAACUUGAAUACCUUGCUGGUGAAUUUACUUUCGAAGCUUCCGCUGAUCCUAAAUUAGACAAACCUUUUCUUUCUCAUGCCCCACAUAGUAAAGGCGUGAUAACGUUGAAUUUGGACAAGAGUCUUCUUGAAAUUGAAAGUGGCAUGAAUAAUCAAACAGAGCUGGAAUGUUUGCCUGAAACCAAAGGCAAGGGUGCCUUAAUGUUUGCUCAACGGCGUCUGAGAAUGGAUGAGAUUUCUGCUGAACAUGAGGAACUAAGGCGCCAAGGGAUACCUGUGGAAGGCCUGCAGGAGACUGAGAAAAAAGCAGCAGAGCACGCUUACAUGCAGUCUGCAACAGAGGGUCAUGCGUACAUGGAUGUAAAUAUGCACCAGCAAAGCCAACAGCACUAUCAGCAAUAUCAAGAGCAGCAAUACUAUGAGCAGCAACAGAACUAUCAGCAGCAACAGAACUAUCAACAGCAGUAUCAACAAUAUCAGCAGCAGCAAUAUGAACAAAGAGAAUAUCAGCAGCAACAAAUGUAUCAGAACCAGCAAGAAUAUCGUCAAGAGCAACAGCAAAUGCAGCACUAUUCUGCAAACAUCAAUGGCACGGUCCAGCAUCAAACCAAUGAAGUUCAGAGUUCCUUCAGCAAUCGUACUGCAAAGCCUUUUACAGCAGAAAACAUGGUGGCGACCCAUUAUUCUCAUGCAGCAAGUGGGACCAACCAAGAUGUGGGGCAAGGAGAGCAGAUAGCUUCCCGUGACGAGCGCAUUUCUACUCCUGCAAUCAAGACGGGCUUGUUAGACUCGAGGAGGAAGACGGUUGUCAAACCUAUGUUCACAUUUAAAGAAGCCCCCAAAGUAUCACCGAACCCUGCACUGCUGAAUCUUCUUAAUAAGGGUGAUAAAAAAGGCUUUGAGUCUGGACCAGAUGAAGAUUAUCUUAGCCUUGGGGCUGAAGCUUGCAAUUUUCUUCAAUCUCAAAGAAUUAAACACAAGAUUCCUCCACCAGUUGCUCCAAAACCUGUGAUCAACCCCACCUCUCUUCCUUGGACCUCUCAGUUAGAAGCACCCAACCAGGACAUGCCUCAGUGUGCUGAAAAUAGUCUUUCUACACCUGCUCCACUCCCCACAUCAGAGACUGUCUCUGUUCUAAAACUAGAUCCAACCCCUGCACCUCCCCCUGAGCCUUCCACUCUUCCUGCAGCCCAGGACAAUCCUGCAAACACCAACACAGCAGAACAACCUGUUUGGACAGUUUCUGAACAAGAGGCUCAACAGGAGCUUCCACAAGUGACGGCUCAGGAGGCAAAUAGUCAGGUGAACUCUGCUCUGCAGUCUGAAACUUCUCAGAUGUUGACCUGGGGAGCAGUACAAGCACAUCAACAGUCUUCCUGUCCUUGGCAAUCAGCACAGAUGCAGUCUCAGAACCCACCACCACACCAGUCUUCAUCACAGCCACCAUGGGAAACACAUCAGCCUACUCAGAACCAAGCACACCUUCAGCAACCCCCAAAUACUUGGACCCCUCAAAGUCAACCAUCCUGGACUCAACCAGAGCAGCAAGCACAAAGCCAUGCAAAUCCUCAACCACCCUGGGUUCCACCUCAAGAACAACCACAGUCUCAGGCACAGGUUCAGCCACCUUGGUCACACAUGAAGGAAGAGCCACACUUACCACAAAUGCAGCCAAGUUUGGGUCAAGUUCAAGAACCACUGCAACCACAGCCCCCAAACCCAUGGACUCAGCAAUCACAAAUAGACUCUCCACAGCAACCACCAUGGGUGCAUGAACCUCAGCAAAAAGCACAAGCUCAACCUCCAUGGGUUCAACAGGCUCAGCCUGAAACACACCCACAACCACCUUGUAUUCAGCAGCAACAUCAUCCAGAUUUACCACAGUCAUGGUCAAAGGCUCAAGCACCAGGUCAACCUCAACCACCUUGGGUCUCGGGUCAACCUCCGCAGCAACCAACUUUUAAUGCAUGGGCCCCAUCACAAACCCAAGUUCAGUCUCAGCCACCAUGGAUCCAUGGAGCUCAAGUACAGCCUCAAGUACAGGCUCAAGUUAAUUUGAAUCCAUGGGCACCUGUCCCUAAUCAAGUCCCAUCCCAACCUUUAUGGGCUCAGCAUCCUCCAGAGCAUGGUGGUCAACAACACAUAAAUUCUUGGGCUCAGGAACAAAAUCAGCCCCAACAUCAGCCACCUUGGGCUCAACCAGUUCCUUCCCAGCCCACAGCUCAACCAAACUGGCAACAGUCAACGCUAAACCCUUCACAACAACCACAAAUUAAUAUGUGGCCUCCAGGCCAGGUGCAGCCUCAAGCCCCAGGACAUGAAUGGAGACCACCGUCACAGCAAACACCUUUAAAUGUUCCCACGUCUACAGUGAACAUUCAACAUGUCCCUACAUCUACAUUAAAUAUCCAACCCUCCCCUAAACCUUGGCUUGCACCACUAAACCAAACCCCUCCACCUCCUCCCCAGCGAAUGCAUAGUUUUACAAUUGGACAAAAAGUUUCAUCACCUAUCAACCCAAUGGCUACAGUCUUGAAUCCUAAAUCCACCCCUGGUUCAGCAUAUGAAAUGCCACUGGUCAGAGGGAAAGGAGCUGAUAUGUUUGCGAAAAGGCAGUCUCGUAUGGAGAAGUUUGUCGUGGACUCAGAGACUGUGGAAGCGAACAAAGCAAGCCGGUCGACGUCACCAGCUGCUUCCUUACCAAAUGAAUGGAAAUACUCACCCAAUGUACGUGCGCCACCUUCACGAUCAUAUAAUCCUAUUCUGUCCCCUUUUUAUCCCCCAGCAGCAACAAAGCAGCCUCCUGCAAGUAGUCCUGUAACCAAAACAAAGAAAAAAGACCAGGAAAAACAGAUGCCUGCUCCUAAACCUCUCAAUGUGAUAGAUGUCAUGAAACAUCAGCCAUAUAAAUUAGAUUCUUCACUCUUUAUCUUUGGUCCAGGAGCAGAGCCUGCCAAGCCCCCUACACCAAAGCCUAGUUAUUCACCCCCUAAUCCACUCCCAGAAAGUCAACCAAUUAGAUAUGAACAAAUGGCUCCGGUCCAGGAAACUGGACCAUUCAAUGCCCCAUAUCCCCAGCAAGCCUAUGGGAUACCCAUGCAGUCUGUAAUGCAAGAUGCCCAGUAUCAGCAAACCCAAGCUCAUGUUUAUCCUUAUCAGCAGCCUCCAGGUGGUUUAUACCAGCAAGAAUAUAACCAGCAGUAUCAACAAUCUAUCCCACCAGCUUAUCAUCCCCAAGCUUAUCAGCCCUCAAACGUUCCCUACCAACAAUCAGUCCAGGCUGCUUACCAGCCUGCCAGUAGCCCUCCCUAUCUGGCAACUCCAUCUGUAUCUUACAAACCACAGCCUACCAGUAGCUACAUUGUGCCUAAUUUUCCUGUAGCUGCCAGGCCUGAAUCUGCAUCUGGUGGCAGCACUGCCCCCAAACCCAAGUUUACAGCUAACAAAAGCUCAGCUCAGGUGUGGAAACCUGCAGCUGUAGAAAAAGAGUGAUACGUUGUUAAAUUAUGACAGCCUUAAAGUUGCAUUCAAGCGUUUGUGCUCUUGAAGUACACUGCCAAGUGGAACAUUCUGAGCACACACUAUAAACAUUAUUUUCAACAACUCCUCACUCUGCUUGAUUUUGGUAUUGCUUUGUAAAGAAAAAAGAAUUGUUUAACUUUGGCAGUGAUAUGAAAAAUAUCUAAAGUGGUGAUGGUACAGGAAUGUAGAGAAGCAUUGUGCUCAGAGUGAAUAUGGUAAAGGGGGAAAGAAGAAUUGAAUGUUGUCAGACUGUGAAAGACACAAGUUGAUUUAUAAUAGCAACGUUUUCAAUUAUCAGUUGAUUUGAACCAAAGUAAGCAAAUCACAUUAAAUGGAUAUAAAUAAAUAUAAAUGGAUAAAAGUAAAAGAAAAUAUUUAAAGGGGUGUGGAGUACAAGAAAAGGAUGCAGGGUGUAAUAAUCUGACUCAUUUUGAACUGGCAGGGAAGCCAAGUUACACACA